UUGAUGUGUAGUGGACAGUACCGAAAACUUAGUCUGUUAUUUUUUCCAUGUUUUAUAUUGAUACUUCAUAACAAUACAUUAUUGUGAUUUCUGCCUUCCACUUAGUAUUUUCUCAGUGUAUAUUAUUAUAAUUAAAAACAUUUACUCGAUCUAUUUCUGACUAUAUUGCAUUAUUGGAACAAAAAUUAUCAAUUGAAUUAUUAGACUUUUUCGCUGAUGUUCUAUAUGUAAAAAUACAAAAUAUGACUCAAGAAAAUAGAACACAAUAUAAUUCUUUUCAUACAUUCAUGUCAUCAUCAUCCUUUUGGGAUUCUAUACAGAUCAUGAUUACCAAACCUAACGUUAUUAACAAGAGGUUGUGGGGUUGUAAAUUAAUAUUUACAUGCCAUUGUAAGCCCAUUGCUUCUGAAUGGAAGUUACCACUAAAAUGUUAUGUAUUUAAUGGUAAUGAAGCAGAUGCUGAUUACUAUAAAAUGGAAGUACUGAAAGAAUUAGGUGUAGUUAUGUGUGUUGAUUAUGAAAAUACCUCUAAUAAAAAUUUAUCAAUGAUACUUUUGGAACUACUGCCAAAAAAUUACACCGGAAAUCAUGCAUACCAAAUUAUUUGUUUAAAUAAAUAUGAGAACUCUGUCACAUUCUACAAUGUAACACCAAUAGAAAAUAACCAAAAUAUAUGUCCAGAGUUUACUUUUUCACUGCAAUUAAUAAAUUCUGAAGUUGUAUUAAAUUGUAUAUGUGAUAAUACAUCAAAAUCAUAUCAGUGGCUUCUAAACACUGUUUUACCGCAGUUUUUGAAAUGGGGUCAAAAAUCAUCAUACAAAUCACAGAAUUUUUGUAAUGAAACUUUGGCAUUAGUAUCUAAAGAUAAAUAUUAUAAAAAAUAUAAUGAACUGAAAUUAAAAUAUGGCAAGGAAAUGGUUAAGAUUUGGCCAGAGUGCACUGACCCAUCCAAGUUUGUAUAUGAAGAUGUUGCUAUAGCCACUUACAUAUUGCUACUUUGGGAAGAUGCAGAGCAAUGCAAUUCAGAAAAACCUACAUUUAUUGAUUUGGGUUGUGGUAAUGGCUUAUUAGUUUACAUUUUGACUAAAGAAGGAUACCAUGGAACUGGUAUUGAUAUACGAAAAAGACAAAUAUGGGAUAUGUAUACAGAUAUUCAAUUAGAAGAAAGAACUAUUGUACCUUCAGAUUCCAACUUGUUUCCGAACACACACUGGAUAAUUGGAAAUCAUUCUGAUGAACUGACUCCAUGGAUUCCGGUUAUAGCAGCUAGAAGUUCAUACAAGUGUAACUUUUUUCUACUGCCUUGUUGUGCAUAUAAUUUUGAUGGUAGCAAAUAUCAAAGGCAAAAUUCAUCGAAAAGUCAGUAUACAGAGUAUUUAGAGUAUAUUAGAGGCUUGAGUGAGGAAUGCGGAUUUAAAAUUAAUAUGGACAGGCUUAAAAUACCAAGUACAAAAAGAAUCUGUUUAAUAGGUACAGAUAGAAUAUAUAGUCCAGAAGACUAUCAUAAGCAUUGUAAAUUAAUACAAAAUUUAAUUAAUCAGAAAAUCUCAGCACCUGUAUCAGAAGAAAAUGGAAAUAAAUGGUUGAAAGACUUCAAACCUAGAGAACAAAUAGAAAGAGUAAGGAAUUGUACGCAAAUUGACAAAUCUGUUAUAGAUUUUGUUGUAAAUUGUAUUACCACUUAUCUUCUCAAGGAAGCAAAUUUAAAAAAUGGUUGGUAUCCUGGCAAAUUAGUUGAUUUAAAUGAAUUAGUUGCAAUUUUACCUCCAGACAAACUAAAACACAUGAAAUCAGAAUGUGGUGGAAUUCAGACAUUAUUAAAAAAUAAUCACCAUAUUUUUAAAGUACAAAAUGGUAAGGUUCAAUUUAGGUAUCCAAAAACAAUAGAGGAAUUGAAUUGUACUAUGAAGGGUAAAAAACAGAAACCAUCCAAUGUUAGAAUACAGAAGAGGCCAUGUUGGUUUUAUGAUAAUCAUCCACAAGGCUGUCCUCUGCCAGAUAGCAACUGCAGUUUUCUACAUAGUGUUAAAAAGGAGGAUAUUCAAAAUAAAAAUAGUUAAUGACAUUUUUUUU